AUGGGUUGCUGCAUUAGCACCCAAAGAGACCCAUCUCUUUCAGAUCCACAACACCCUACUCUUUCUCCAUCCAAACCAGCCGCCAUUAACAGAGGUCCACCGCCUUCAUUUGAAGAAGAAACGGUGAAGGAAGUACUGGUACUCUCUGAAACACCAAUCCAAAAACCACUCCCCAAGGCCACCUCAAUCCCGGCGAUAACGAAUCAAGAAUGCAAAUCCCUCAAGAAAAACGAGGAUGAAGACAAAACCCCUGAGCUUUCUCAAGUCUCGGAGAUUUGCAGCGUCACCGAAAGUUACUCGACGGCGACGACCACGACAACGGCAACAACAGUCACGGAGAAGAGAGAAGAUGAAGCGAUGAGCAAAAUGAAACGACACAACAACAGAUCUCCUGCUAAGGUACCCAGGAAGCGUCCGUACACGGGCGGCGAGCUCCACGGAAGAGUGAGGGGAAAUACGGCUCCUAAAUCUCCGGCGAGAAGAGCCGGAAAGGCUCCAGAGAAAAGGGUUGGUGGACCAAGACCGGUCCGCGGGAGAAACUUGCCGAGCAAGGUAGGAAACAGGAAUCAGAAUGUGGGUUCCCCAUUAGCUCGGCCAGAUUCCGGCGAAACGACGGUUAGGCGGUCGAGAUCUCCGGCGACGAGGACAGGGGGAGGAGUGGGGAGUGGUAGGAUUACGAGGAGUCCGUCGAAGGGUGUUGGAAAGGUUGAGAGAGUUGCAGAAGGAGUGGAGAAGGAGAAAGACGACGGAGUGGGGAGUGGUAGUAGGUUGAGGAAGGAGGAGACAAAAGAAAACGACGGCGUUUUAGAGCAUCCAACUGAGUCUCUUGAAAACCCUCUUGUGUCUUUGGAAUGCUUCAUUUUUCUAUGA